AUGUUUGAGUCUGAUAAGCAACCCCCUACGCCGAGCCACCACGAGAAGAGUCUUGGGUUGCUGACCACUAAGUUUGUGUCGCUGCUGCAGGAGGCCAAGGAUGGCGUGCUGGAUCUGAAACUGGCCACUGAUACUCUAGCAGUGAGACAAAAACGGCGAAUAUAUGACACCACGAAUGUCCUGGAAGGAAUUGGCCUCAUUGAGAAGAAGUCAAAGAACAGUAUUCAGUGGAAAGGUGUGGGCCCUGGCUGUAAUACACGCGAGAUUGCUGAAAAGCUGAUUGACUUGAAGGCAGAGAUUGAAGAACUGGAAAGAAGAGAAAAGGAAGUUGACCAUCAGAAGGUCUGGGUUCAGCAGAGCAUCCGGAAUGUCACGGAUGAUAAUGAGAACAGCAGAUAUCCUUUUAAACGGCACCAGAUACAUGAAAGAAUUUCUUCGCUCUUUGCGUGUUCUGUUCCUCGUCUAAUCUUGUUUGCCUGCUUAGCAUGUGUUGGGGUUAUGCCUUUUGAUUCUGUAUCUACUUUUGGCUCUGCUGUCACAGAAUCUUAUGUGAUGCAUAUUGAGUUAUAUUUUUAUUGUGGAAAACUAGUUUCACAAGCUGAGCUGUGCAACCUUUAUAGUUUUCAGAUGAAGAAAAUGCAGUGUUUUGUCUUGCAUUCCUGCAGGGUGUUUUCAGCAUCCAGACUUGUGCCGAUUUUAGGUCUUGUCAUAUUAGAAAGGUUUGAUUCCAAAGAAAAAAAGUAUUUCUAA